UCCGAGCCCAGCCCCGUGCACCUCCCAGCACCAGGAUGGUUUCCUUCUUCCUCUGCCUUCUCCCUGCUCUCCUAGCUACAACGAGUGCACAAGGUCAGACCCUGACAUGUAACACGUGCUUUGGCCAAACGGAGACCUGCAGUUUUGCUCCAGGAAACUGCCAAGACAACAAGGCAACUGGUGGCUGCCUCUCCGUGGCAGAAGAUAUUACACUGGAUGGGACAAGGAUGCCGUUCUUCUACAAAGAAUGUCUAAGUAACUAUAAAAGUGACAUCAAAGUCCCCAUCUCUUUCACUGUUGGGAAUGGCAAGUAUUUCAGGAUCAACACCACACAAUGCAACGACACAGAUAACUGUAACUCGGCUGUACUUGGAGUGCCCACGGGGAGCACCACCAAGAAUGGGCUGCAGUGCCCAACCUGCUUCGCUCUGAACUUCGCUCUUUGCAACACCUCAGUCAUCCCUUGUAACGGGGACGAGACCUAUUGCAUGGAUUUCACUGGGUACCUAAUGAACGAUUCAGCUAUUUCACCAUUUGUUGGAAAAGGCUGUGCUACUGCAUCCACAAGAGAGAUUAAACGUGCAGCCACCCUGAUUUCCGCAGCCUACAAAUACGUCUUUUUAUGGGGGACCUCUGUUCCGGCGGAGAAAAUCCCCAUCAACCCCCCUUCCACAACCGCCACCCCCGCUAAUACCACCACCACCUCUACCCCUACAAAUAUCACCCUCCCCACAACAACCCGCAGUGGGGCCAGCCCGGCUCUGGGGAAAUUCUCCUUUGCCCUCUACCUGCCUGGCCUGACUGGGCUGCUGCUGGUGAAGCUGCUCUCCUGACCCCGCCCGGCACGGCCCACGCAGCACCUGGUGCCCGUGAAUAAAGGCCUGAAGUCCCAGCUAUCCCCCUCCGAGGCCCCUCCGCGCUGCUGGGGCGAUGCAAAGGGGCCGCUGCAUAGCCAAGGGUCUGCCCAGCGUAUGGGUGUGCGUCUGUCCCGGUACCUCGCGGCUGGCUGGAAUCUCUCUGCAGUACGAAA